AUUUCCUCCCUUCACUCACUUCGACACUACACACAUUCUUGAUUCCGCCAACACUCGAACGACAGUAGGAAAAUGCGAUUAAACUUGAGUGUCCCAUCCACCCCCGUGCUGAGCCGGCAAAACACCUUUGUCCGGCAUGGCACACACCCGCAUCUCCUUUCCCACCGACAGAAGCCGCGAAGGUACGUGCCGCGCCUGUGGUCUUGGAUCGGAUCUGAUCGAAGACUUCUCUAGAUGGCCUCUAGUCUUCCGAUUCAUCAAAGGCGCCAUCCACGGCGCCAUCAUCGUCCCCGUACUCUUCCACGCGCUAUUCACGGCCUUUGUCGUCUGUCUAGAUCUGUACAUCUUCGAUACCGUCGGACUACCCAGUAGCAUUAUCCCCUCGCUGUCGAUCGUGGUGGGUCUUAUGCUCGUCUUCCGCAACCAAACCAGCUACAACCGCUUCUGGGACGGCCGCAGCAGCCUCACAACCCUAACAACUUGCACUCGCAACCUGGUCCGGACCAUCCUCACCCACGGCUACAGCACCUCGCGCCCCCUCCGCCAAGACGAAAAGGAGGACAUCGAACGCACCAUCCGCAUCCUCAUGGCCAUACCUUACGCCGUGAAAAACCACCUCCGCGCCGAAUAUGGCGCGGCUUUCUAUUCCUUCGGCGACGACGUCGGGGAGGACGGAGUCGCGGCAUAUAACCCCGACUAUGCGAACCUGCUCCCGAAGGGACUCGAGGGUCAUGAGAAUGACGGGCUAGCACUACCAUUCCAGUUAAGUUUCUUCGUAGAUGGUUUCAUCAAGAGGGGUGUCGAGAGAGGCUGGUAUAAUGCGCCUGGGGCGAGUCAGAUGCAGGCACAGUUGAAUUCGGUGUUCGAUGCUGUGGGGAAGAUGGAGAUGAUUCGGUUGACGCCUAUCCCUGUUGCGCAUUUGAUCCACCAAAAACAAGUCCUCGCGCUCUUCGGCUGUGUCCUGCCCUUCGGCAUGGUCGAUGAUCUGGGCUGGUGGACUGUCCCCAUUGUCAGUCUAGUUAUUUUCACCUUAUACGGCAUUGAAGGGAUCGGAUCACAACUGGAAGAUCCGUUCGGCUACGACCGGAAUGAUAUCAAGAUGGAUGCCAUUGUCGGGGACGCCAAGAUGGAGAUGGACGUGGUGUUAUCGGAGUGGCGGAAGUCGAUGUCGUCCGUGGAAGCGGAGGGACCGAGGAAUGAGAGUCUAUGUGUCGAAGAUCAUAACGACCGGGAUAAGUUCCCGCCUGAGAUGUUCAUCAAGCGUCGACCGGUGACGGGCCGGGGAUAAUUUCGUCGACUGGGUGAGUGAGGAGUCAUGUUCGUGGAGUGGAUAUGGAGAGAAUGUUGAAGAGGAUUGGAAUCUAUAUGUAUGUACGGACUGAUUCAUGA